CACAAGUUUUUGCAUUGGUGCUUUGAAGAACUUUUUUGUGUGUGUGUGUGUGGGGGGGGGGGUUAUAGAAUAAUCAUUUUUCCUAUACUUUUGCUUUGGUUUUUGGGAGAAAACACUGGGUUCCAUCAGGGCACAGCUCGAGCACGGAAUGGCCGAACUAGUGCGAAUCCGUAAGAAACGGCUGCAGAUGCCCAUCUCAAGGCUUCGCAACAUCUUAAAGCAGCUGGAAGACAAAGAUGUUGACUUUGAGGAGAUCAGAAAGAAUCUGGAUUUGACAGCAUCGCUACUGGAGGCUGUUUAUCUGGAUGGAACCAGGCAGUGCUUGGAGUCCGAGGAUGACCUCCAGCAGCUUCAAUCUGAUGGAGUUCCUGCUGAGGUCACCGAUUGGCUGGCGUCAACAUUCACUCAGAGGGUACGACAGCUGGGGCGGCGCUCGGAUGAGAAGCCCAAAUUUCGUAGCAUCGUGCACGCGGUACAGGCUGGGAUAUUUGUGGAAAGGAUGUUCAAGAAAGCCUACACGGCCGCCAUGCCAGACCAACCUGCCGCUGUCGUAAACUGCCUAAGGGACGUUGACCGCUGGAGUUUUGAUGUGUUUGCCUUGAACGCAGCCAGCUCUGAUCACGCACUGCAAACUCUCUUCUUCGAACUGGUUACCAGAUAUGAGCUCAACAGCCGCUUCAAGAUUCCCAUCUCAAGCCUGACGCUAUUCCUGUCUGCAGUGGAGAGAGGAUACUGCAAACACAGCAACCCGUACCACAGCCACGUGCAUGCUGCAGACGUCACACAGACCAUGCACUGCCUGCUUCUGCGAUCUGGCCUUGUGCACUGGCUAACGGAGCUGGAGGUGAUGGCAUCACUGUUCGCCGCAGCCAUUCACGACUACGAGCAUACGGGGACCACCAACAACUUUCACAUCCACACAAAAUCCGAAUUUGCACUGAUCUACAAUGACAGGUCGGUGCAGGAAAGUCAUCAUCUGAGCGCAGCGUUUCGCCUUCUGCAGGACGAUCAAAUGAAUAUUUUCAUCCAUUUGACCCGAGAAGAGUGGAUGGAGUUGCGUUCCCUCGUCAUCGAGAUGGUGCUAUCCACAGACAUGACCUCUCACCUCCUCCAAGUAAAAGCCAUGAAAUCCUGUCUGCAGCAACAAGAACGUAUCGAGAAGUCCAAAGCUUUGUCACUGUUGCUCCACACGGCCGACAUCAGCCACCCGUCAAAACCCUGGUCUCUGCACUCCAGGUGGACCAAAGCCCUGAUGGAGGAGUUCUUCAGGCAGGGUGAUAGAGAGGCAGAGCUCGGUCUGCCCUUCUCGCCGCUGUGUGAUCGAAAAAGCACCUUGGUGGCCGAGUCCCAGAUCGGCUUCAUCGACUUUAUCGUGUACCCGACGUUCUCCUUGUUGACGGACAUGGCAGAGAAGAUAGUGGUUCCUCUGGUGGAGGAGAACCCGGGACCACCGGACCCCUGCAACAGACACAGUAACGUGUGGAAGGAGAGCUCAAGAGGACUGCAGUGGAGUCUGGCUCACAUCACGGCCGAGCUGGUGAGCUUCCGUUCGACGUGGACGCGUCACACCGACGACAACAGGCUCAAGUGGAAAGAUGGCGGCUCCAACGGAUUCUCAGAGGCCAAAGUGACGAAGGAGCAGCGCGAGCCCAAAGAGGAGCAGUCGCACAAACCCCAGCACGACGCCACAAAACUCACUCAGCAGUAGACUUGAGUACUAUUUUGUAUCCUCUUUUUUUGUAUUUUCUAUUUUUUUAACAAUAUAUCUGUUUCGCUUAGAGUCACUCUUUGUAACAAAACCACAAUGCUGAUGUACUGUCUCUUUUUCAAUAACGUAAUUUAAUUGUGUAAUUGUAUGACAUGCUGGCCGUGUUGUACUACGUAUAACUAGACUGUGUUAUUAAAUUAAUUUACCAAACAUACAACUUGUCACA